CAGUGGAGACAAGACCUGUCGUAGCCGAUUCCCAGUCUAGUUUGAUCAAUGAUAUGUUCGUAUGAUAUUGUGGCGGUCGGUUAUACGAACCGAGAAAACCCGUUUCGUUGUUUUUGUAAUGCCAGGCUGUUAAACCCCCCAUCCUGUUCUGUUUUUAGAUGCACGGCGUGGUUGCCUUGGUUACAGACUCUGUAAAUUGAGCUCCUGCCCUUGCUGCUGCUGUUGGUGGUACACGAAUUGUGCAGCUAUGGGAGUAUGGUGUAAAUUAACUACUGAUAACGACUAAACUCCAAAUGAGGCAAUUGCUGUCUUUUUUACACUGUCGACCAUUUUUCACCGAAACCCCGAUUUGAUAAGACUCAUGAGUUUGACAUCAUUAUCCUUAUCCGAUUUACUGGUUUAUUUUUGGAAUGGAAAAGACGCCCAAGGUGAAUCUUCUUUUGCACCUGAGUGAACAACGCCUGGACACUGCAGGGCGAUGAAGUCGUGCAUCCCUUGUCCGACUCGAAACAGUUCACGAUGAAGAAGAUAUUUAGCUUUGCGAAGAAGAAAAAGGGGUUUUCUCCCAAUUCGUCUGACACGGGGAGUGUGCUGUCUGCUGGAUAUGAGCUAAAGGAAAAAGAUCUAGGAAAGCUACACAAGGCUGCUUCUACAGGGGAUCUGACCAAGCUCAAACAACUUGUAAAGAAACAUGAUUUCAAUCAGCUGGAUAAAGAAAACAGAACACCCUUACAUCUUGCCUGUGCAUAUGGACAUGCUGAUAUUGUUCGUUUCCUGGCAGAAGGCAAAGCAAAAUUAAAUCUCUGUGACAAUCAGAACCGAUCCCCUCUCAUGAAGGCUGUGCAAUGCCAACAGGAGCAGUGUGCAGUUACCCUGUUGGAAAACGAUGCGGACCCAAACCUUGUGGAUAUCAAUGGAAACACUGCAUUGCACCUUUCUGCCCUCAUCCCUUCCAUUUCCAUGGCUGCCCAGUUACUGGAGCAUAAAGCAAACAUAAAUGCUGAAAACAAGGAAGGAUGUACCCCCCUGAUUCUGGCUGUUACAGAAAACCAUCCCGAGAUGGUAGAAUUUCUCUUAAAGGAAGGGGCCGAUGUAGAUGCCGAUAAUAAUUCAAAACGGACAUCUUUGAUGAUUGCUGCAAGUAAUGGACAAAUUAGUAUGGUUCGAUUAUUGUUACGGUACAAUGCGGAUAUAUCAUUAAAGGACGAUAAAGGAUGGACAGCUGAUGAUCACUCAGUAAUGAAUGGACACCAUGCAAUGGAUCUAGAGCUGCAGCAGUCUACAGAGCAGCUGUCAGGAGCAGGUGAAGGGAAAGUUGAGGAAGAUACUUCACAAACUGCAUCCAUCAGUAGAGCAUCAAAUAAAGGUGGAGCUGGUGACUCAUGGCCCUCCACGGAUGAAGAUGAGGAACUGGACUUCAGCCCAAAGAAACAACAAAAGCCAAACCUGAAGAAACUUCUAAAUGCUUCCCAGAAGGGCAGGAAGAAUGUAAAAACAGAUUCCCCUGAUUGGAGGAGUGAAGGAGAGUCAGAGAACGAGAACAAGGAUGGAACUGAGAGAAAUUCUUGCCCCCCCUCGACUUUACCCCUGACUUCCAGUACCCUUCACCUAGCAAACCCUUCACCUCAGUCCUUUUCCAAACCUCCUCAGAUGACCUCUACCCCUCUCCAAGGCUCCAGUAAGGAAGAGGAGGAGGAGGAGGAGGAAGAAGAAGAGGAUAAGGAAGAGGAUGAAGAAGGGGAGGAAGAGCAUCUGGAAGAUGCUGUAGCAAGUGUGUGCAUCACAGCCAUAGCAGGAGAUGAAGAAAUGCAUAAACAGUGUAAUAGUAGAGGAGAUUAUGUUAAAAGUGCCGAAGCUGAUGUUGGUAAUGAUGCUAACAGAAUACAUUCAUCUGUUGAAGUCAAAGAGUUUCUUAAAGAGAGAACAGAAGAAAUUGUUGGACAGGUUGUGACUUGUCAAAACAAUAUACCAGAUGAGGAAAAAAGUAAUAAUCCUGCAGAAAAUGAAGACAAAGAUGCAAUUUUGGAUAACUGUGAAACCAUAGAGGAAAGAAUGGUUUCAGCACAUAUAGACAUUGAGGCAGCAAAGACUGUUUCAGUCAUUCUGUCAAGAGAUGGCUCAGAAGAAGAAAACCUUGAUUCUGAAAAGCUUUCUGUUCAUAGAGGUAUUGCAGAAAGUGAUUCUUCAGCAGUAAGUAAAUCAAGGAAACCUUUUCAACCAAGCAAAGAAAAUGGCAAGUCUUUAGAUGAUUCCUGGGACUCUGAGGAAGGAGCUUCAAUGGACGAGCAAGUACUGCCUAAAGAUAAAUUGAAUGCAAUAAAACAUCCAAAUGAUGUUCCUGUAUCAUUAAUAGUCGGUCACUAUGAGACUGCAUUUGAUGUCACAAAUGAUUAUGAUGAUAAGUUAAAAGACAGAGACAGUACAAUACAGGACCAUUUGGAAUGCAUUGAUGAUGAAAAGAAUAUCAAAGAGGAAGAAGAGGGUGAAAUCCAGAAUGUAAAUCAUAGAAUUCUCAAUAUACCUGUUAAGGUUAAUAAAGCUGAAGUAAAUUUUGACAAAAAUCAAAGAUCUAAAAGCGAAGUUCCGAAUUCAGGGUCUGCUGAAUCUGAUGAUCAUCAAAAGACAGGAGUUAACAUGAACAAGAGUGUAAUUCUUGAAAAUAAAAAUUUAUCUGAAAAUGAAGAAGAUUCUUGGGACUCUGAUCAAGCCCAGCAGAAGGGCAAUAAUAACAAGAGCACUGUAUCACAUAGUAGCAGAGAUGAAAGUGGGCAGAAAAUGGACAAGCACAUAGGAAAGCAUUCUGAUGAAGACCUGGAUUCAGAACCAAUAGCCUGGGAUGAUGUAGAACAUCUUAAAGGUGUAAAAGACACAGCUUUUCAAAGAGUCAAAAAUGUGAAUGAUAGUGACUCAGAACAGGGCUGUAAAGCAGGGGGCACCAAUUUGGUCCACUCUGCUGAUCUAGAUAUGGAUAGGCAGUCUGAAUGCAGUGUUGAUUGUGUUGAAGAACACUCAAGUCACCACCAGGAUGCUGGAUCAGCUUGUCUCAUGGUAACUUAUCUUGAAAAAGAACCAAAGCAGAUGUUGGAGGAAGAUAUGAAGGAAGACUAUUCAACGGAUGAGGAUGAGGACGGAGAAGAGGGUGAAGAGGAAGCUGAUGCUGAGGUUCUAGAAAACCUGCCUAGUUUAAAGAAAGGAUCUGGCAGUGUAGGUGAUAUGAUGCUGCCGGAAAGCAAAGCCACUUCAAAAUAUGUAAAAAGAGAUUUAUUGUCUGAGUUGGGUCUGGAGCCAGCUGAGGAAGAGGACUCUCCCUGGGACUCUGAGUCUGCUUCUGAGAGUCCAAGAAAGUUUCAGAAUGGAUCCACAAAUUCUGCUGUUAAGGCACAAACAGUAAUGCACAGUAUUUCAGAGGAAACCAAUGAAGAACUGUUUUACAUUCCUUCUUUCUUAAGAGGAUCAAGAAACUAUAGGAUGGCUAAACUAGAGGAUUCAAGGAGUAUAGGCAGGCCUGGUGGCCCAAGGGGACUGGGUGCAGAAGAAAUCAAUUUGGAAAAGAAGGCAUUGAAAACUCUGCCACUAUCUGCAUCAUCUAGCCCAGCAAUGCAUGUAGAGAAAACAGAUUUAAUGAAAGAACUUGGCUUGGGAGAUGUGGAUGAUCUUGAAGGUACCUCUCUCUCUGCCCCUCUGCCAAGUCCAAGGAGCCUGCCUUCACGGUCCACACCUCAGCCACAGCCACGGACCAGGAAGAUGUUGCAGGUGAAAGGCAGAGGUGAAGAAGAAUCAGACUGGGAUUCAGAAAGUGAUGCUUCCGUUUCUAGUCCAGAGAAGUCUGGAAAACAUCAGCCAACUGCAGCAGAAGAGAAGGCCUCAUCCGAGCAAAACACAGCACGGUCCAAAGACACACUCCUGUCCCCAGAGGAGGAACAAAGUGAAAGCAGUUCUGAACCUGAGGGAGGUUUGAAUGAGGACAAAGUUCUGCCAGAUACCACAGAGUUAGAAUUAAGUAACCCUUGCCACAUUGGUCCUAUGGAGUCUGACGUUCAAGUAAUUCAAGAAGAAGAUCAGGAGAGUGGUGAUAGACUAUGUUCAGCUGAGGACAGCUCUGAGGUGCCAUGGGAAGCACGAUAUGAACAAAUAUGGGUAGAAACGGAAAAAAGAGAAGUAAAAUCCCAUUACAAGAAUGUAGCUGCUGAGUUAAAGGAAAAGUUUGGAGAAAUUGCUCUAAAACAAAGUGGAGAAUCUACUCAUACAGCAUCAAAAAGUGGAGACGACAAAGCAGAGCCAAAAGACAUUUCUGAAGAAGAAUCCAGUGAUGAAGAGAUUGUGCACCUCGUGCCUAAGGCUCAGAGUGCAGUUUUGCAACCUAUCCCAGAGCAGCGGGAGUCUGGUUUGGAUGACUCUGUUACUGAACCAGAAGAAAAACAGCAGGCACAGCUAAAGGGCAGAACGCAACCUUAUGAACCAUCAAACAGUAAUGGAAACAGAAUCAGAAAUGACAGCCCAAGUCCUGAAAACACUGAGCAUAAUGUUGAUUAUGACAACAUUUUCAAACGUGAAAAUAAAACGCCUUCUCCUGAACACAAGGCAGAGAACUAUAUAGAAGGCUAUGACACAGACCUAGAUUCAGAUUCUGGAAACAGUGGAGGAGGAAAUUCAGAUUUAAACCCUGAUGAAAGUAGGAACUCAAAUGAAAAAGCAGGUCGUUCCCACAGUAUGACACCCAGAGCAAGCAUCAGUGAAAAAAGUGAAAAAUGUACUGGUGUUGACAUUAAGCACCUCGAACUAACCGAGGAAAAUCAUGAGCCCAUCCAUACUUCCUCUCAGUGUGCAGCUUCUAAACGCCCUUCAGAUGAAGAGCUUGAGGAAGAUAUGCAGAGGUUUAAGAAUGAGGUAGGGAUGCUGAAGGUUGUAUUCCUGGCUUUGGAGAAAGAAAAAGCACAGCUGCAGAAAGAGGUUUCCAGAGAAAAGAAGGCAUUUGGAGGAAGUCAAAUCUCAGCUGAACUGGAAGAUUUAGAGAGACCCCACCGACAAACUGAAACAGAAAAAUAUGAAUCCAGCCAAAAAUCUAAAACACAGCAUGACUCUGAAAAAAGGAACAGUUUUAAAAAAGAGGACCAAAAACCAUUUAAAGUCACAAGAGCUGUUAGACAGAAGAUUUCAUCAAUAAGGGGCCCUGACCUGACCUCCGAUCAGGAUGAGGACGAUGUAGAUAAUGAAAGGAUUCCAAAGCUGUCCAAACUGGAAGUGAUUACAGGGGCCAGACACAGCAAGCCCCAGCAGGCCUUCUUUGUUAAUGGAGAUCCACUUUCUGUAUUUGAUGAUAGUACAUUAAGUGAGAUGUCAGAAGAUGGAGUAAGGGCUCCAUUAGCUGUAACCCAAAAGAACAAGAGCAAUGAAGAAAUUGAAUUGGCAGAUGACUUUGAUGACUUCACCCAGUCCUCCGAUACAGCUACAGAAGAUGUUGAAUCCCCAAUUUCAGGUUAUCGCAAUGCUUCUCUUCUGCUUAAACAGCUUGACUGUGGUUCAAUAGAUUCUGUAAGUUUGGUAAAAAUCCAGAACAUGUUUCAUGAGUAUGAACGAACAAUACAGAAGGAGAGAGGCCGUUACAAUUUGCUGAAUGACAAGGUCAGGCAACUGGAAGAAGAAAGGAGAGAACUUCGGAAGUCCUUGGAAAAUACACGGGAGGGCAAGUCAUCUCUGGAGCACCGGCAAGUGGAACUGGAAACAGAUCUGAACAAUCUGAAGUUUGUCCUGAAGCAAGAGCGAGAGAAGCAAAAGAAUGCAGUGAUGCUGUAUGAGCAGAGCCGCGACCAGCUGCGGAAGAAAGAAGAGCAGUACUGUCAGGAGCUGGAGGGGAAGCAGCAGGUGGAGCUCACCAUGAGGAACCUGGAGAUGGAAAUGAGAGCCUUGAUCAACAACAUGAAACAGCUUGAGGAGGACCGGAACGAGGCGCAGCGUCUGCUGACUCAGGAGCGAAAUGCCCGGGUCCUGCAGGAAGGCAUCCUCAACAAUCACCUUCGUAAGCAAAAGGAAAUUGAGGAGGAGAAUAAAAGGACUGUUACAAAAAGUACAGAGAUUCUUUCCCAGCUGGGUGAAGCAAGUGACAGAAAGAAGGAUCUCCUGCAGCAGAACCGCAGUCUUCAGGAUGAAGUUGCCAUGCUGAAGCUGGACCUGGAUCGAGCUAAAGCUCAUAAUCAGCAGGAAGAAGCAAAGUACUCUGAAGAGAAUGAGGCUCUUAAAGAAAAGGUUGAAGAUUUAAAAAGAGAUCUAAAGUUAAAUGAGGAAGCUCUGGCACAGACGGUGUUUCAGUACAAUAGUCAACUUAGUGCUCUGAAAACAGAGUGUUCUGUGAUUACGUCUAAGCUGGAGCAUGAGAAACAAGCCAAAGACAAACUUGAGACAGAGCUGGAAUCUGUAAGGAUCCGACUGACUUCAGCACUACAAGAGGUAGAGCGCAGCCAGGCUGCCAAAGCUGAUCUAGAGCGCACUUUACAGCGAGAGAGAGAUGAGUGGCUCCGUCUACAGGAGAAACACAACAGUGAGGCCACUAGCCAGCGGGAGUCCAUUAACAGCUUGUCUCAGCAGCUCGGCAAAGCAGAAGCAAAGGCCAACAGCCUGGAGAAUGAAUGCCACCGUGCCACCCUGUCUCUUACGGAAAAAGUGCUUCUCUUGGAAACCAUGCAGCGCGAGAAGGAGCAAGCCCAGUCCCGGCAGAAGGAACUGGAGGCUUCACUGCAAGCUGAGAAAGACCAGAUGAGUAAGUCAUUGUUCCGACAGGAGACCAUGCAAGAAAGACUGGUCCAGGUUCAGAGUGAGAACAUGUUGCUGCGACAGCAGCUGGAGGAAGCUCAGAACAAGGGCAUCAUCAAAGAGAAAGUAGUGACUGACGUGCAGGACCGUUUUAGCGACAUCCUGACCAAGCUGCGGGCUGACAGUGAGGAGAGGGUACAUAUGGUGGAAGAGAGGAGCAAGGAACUUGUGGCCAAAAACAUUGAACUUAGAGAACAGAUCUACAAGCAUGAAAAUGAAAAGUCAGAGAGAGAGGGUGUACUGAGACAAACACAGCAGGAGCUAGCUGAUGCAUUAAAAAAACUUUCCAUGUGUGAGGCAUCACUAGAGGUCAACACCCACUACCGAAACAGCCUGGAAGAAGAAAAAUUGACCUUGCAGAAAGAAAUGGACAGGAUGAAAACAAAGCUGCAGGACACUGAAGAUCAGUACAUUCAGGCAGAGAGGCGGAUCCAUGACCUGAAGAAUGCUCUGGAUGACAAAGAGCGUGAGGUUAUCUCCUCUUCACAGAAGCUGCAGCAAGUUCUCUCCACCUCCUCAGGAGCGGAGAAAACCAUCAAGCAGCUCGAAGAACACAUGCAGCAGCUUGAGAUUGAAAAUGCCAAAUUGGAAGCUGCUUCCAAACAGCAGACAAACAGAAUAGAGGUACUACAGAAAGAAAACCAAGAGGCUGCAGUUAUACGGAAUCGCUUGGAAGAUUUUGUCACAAACCUGCAAGGCAGCAAGAUAAAUUUAGAGGAACAGCUAAAUCGAGAGGUUCAAAAGCAGAGUAUGCUCUCCCAUAAUGCACAAGACUCACAUCUGCUCUGGGAAGAAGAGCUCAAAUCAAGAUCUAAACUUGGACUAAGGCUUGCUGAGCUGGAGAGAGAAAAGGGAGAUCUGACAAGCCAGGUGGAAACUGAAAAGAAAAAGGCUAGAAAAGUAGCAGAGAUGAAGCGUUCUGCAGAGACCAGGCUUGAUCAGGAGAUGAAAAGAAACAGUGAACUGCAAAAAGAAAUGAACAGGUUAAGGACACUUGUUAAAACAGCAAAAAAGAAGCUGAAGGACCAAGAGAACGGGGAGUUUGCCUCUCAUCAUAGCAGCUUCCGAGGAGAAAUGGAUCACAAGGCCUUGGAGACAGAGACCGCUGUUGCCAGAUUCAGAAACAAAGUUGAUGACCUCUCACAACACCUGGAAAAGGAAGAGUUAAAAUCGGCACGACUAGAAACCAUGAACAGUGACCUGCGGGAGCAGUUGGCAUCCUUGAAGGCCUUGACCCAAGGCCAUGAGAAACUGGAGAGGAACAAGAGACAGCUGGAGGAGGAGGUGGCAAAGCUUAGGAAACACGUGGAAACCAGCAUGCUGGACCAGAGUCAGAUAGAACAGUAUAGGCGGGAGGCAGAGGAGCGAGCUCGGCAGGAAAUCAGGCAGAAACUCGAAGAGGUCAACUUGUUUUUGCAGACUCAAGCAGCCUCUCAAGAAGCCUUAGAACAAAUUAAAGCCACUAAUGAGGCAACUCUGAGAAACCAGCUUGAGCAGAGGAUCAGAGACCUGGAGUGCGAGCUGAGCAGGGUGCGCAGUAGCCAGCAGGACCACAUGUCCCAGCGGGACUCCACGCAGACUGAGCUGGAGCGCUACAAAGAGCUGUACACAGACGAGUUAAGGUUACGCAAGUCCUUAGCAGCCAAACUAGAAAGAUCAAACGAGAGGCUGGCAGAAGCCAACACAAAGCUGCUCGGCGAACGGCAGCGCAGUAAAUCAUUGAUCGCCAGCAGUAUUGUGAAUGGAAGCCUGACUGCAGGCCCAGUGCUUGACAUGAAUCAGCUCCAGGGAAGCCUGGGUCCAUUUGGUGGUACCCUUGGGCCUCUGAAUAGAAACCUCAGUCUGGGAGGAAGCUUUCUCAACCCAGUGGGAGAUGGGCUGUCGCAGAACAGUCGAGUGGAGGCAUACCUAGCAAAGAUGCAGAAUGAAUUGGAGAAAAAUAUCUCAAAAGAAUUAGACCACGCAACAGCAGAGCUGGAAGGUGGGUCUGCCAGACUGUCUCCUGUGGGCUCAGCGGCCGGCUCUUUGAAGAGUGUAAACCUUGAUCAGGAUCCUGUUUCCAGAGCUACUCAGCAAUACUUGGAGGUCUUAAAGAAAAACUACAUGAUUUAAUAUUAUGAACAAGUGUUACGUGUUAUACAUGUUUACAUUUGAAAUAUAAACAAGGCAUACGCAAACCUCUUUAUCAUUUGUGCUUUUAGUAGAAAAUUAAAAGUUGCACUGUGCUCUUAAUUGCUCAGGAGAAACACUACACAACUUCUUAAUCUCAAGAUUGUCAAGAGCCAUAUUUCAUUAACUGCCUAGGUAUUUUUUGUAAUUUGUACUUCAUCUGUUCUCCCCCAUGUAUCAGGUUCACAUUGUUUUCCUGGUAUGCAAAAUAUCGGUACCUUUUGCUUGAAGUUAUCAAGUGUUGCACAUUAUGUGAAUAUAACAGUCUGUCUGAAAUGUAUUCUCCAUUUUCUAAUAAGUAUUAUACUUAUCUUGGAACAUUAUUGCCAUAUAAUUUAUAUUCAUCUUAUAUUUGCUAUUCAUCAUUAAAUGGUAAUUUUCUCAUUUCCUAAAA